AGCUGAUUAAAUGCAAGAACUGAAUAAUCUUUAUGGCAUGGAGGCAAUGAAUACCUCACAACCAGUGUCCACUACAAUGAUGAACACAGAGGAUGAACCACUUCACACAGCUGUGCCUUCUAAUGAUGAAGUAUGGGAAGAUUAGUUACUACUGUCAUUAUCAUUAUUAUGCACAGAUCUGUUCAAAUCUUCCAAAUCUACUUCCCUUUGUCUUUCGGCUGACAUCUUGCCUUGUUUUGGUGCACUUCUACCAUCCUAUUCAUCUUCUAGAUAGUUUUUUAAAUAAUUUUUUUGAAAGGAAGAACUUUCAGAGCAUUACGCAUUUUAUGAUAAUUAAAUAACCUCCAUUUGGCAAGAAAAGAUUCACAGAUGUUUGUUUGGAUGUUAAGCUGUUCCAAGGAAAUCUGGUAGCUAUAAAGGACAGAUAUUAUGCAUAGAACAGUGAAAAAACUUUCACAUUGAGGUUAGCAAAGCCUCUAAUAUGUAGCAAAUUGCUCUCUAAUUAAUAAUUGCUUAGCCCUUGAAAAUAUGCUCAUAACAUUUAGUCUGGAAGUCAAGUUCAAUAAACUCGGUUUCUUGAGAUGGGCCCAGAUGUAACUCAGUCAAUAAUAGUGAGGCAGGUUGUAGUGGAAUUUAAUUCUUCAUAAUGAAUGAAUGUAUAACUUUUCAUAAUUCUUUCAUAAGGUUCCAGGCAUAAAAACAAUAAGAUCAUAUGUGAUGCCUCAUUCAACACUUGGAAAUCCUCAGAUGAACGGUAUCAGUGACUCAAGUGUAGUUGAUCAGCAAACUGUUAAGGGACAGGAGGCUCCACAACAUCUACUUCAUCCAGUAACAAUACCACCAUGUAUCGAUAAAUAUAUGUACUGUAAGUAUUGAGAUGUUCAUUCUAGUGAUCAAGAGCAGAAUCUCAAAUAGUGUAGACUACAGGAAAAUGAGUGUCUACAAUUUACAUAAUUCCAAAGGUUAAUUGUAAAAACUUACUUAAAUAGAUGUAAUCAUCAUAAAUUAUGUUACUCUUUAAAAAAAUGUAUUCCUUUUAUCUGUUAUCUGAAUCACUGUUAUUUUUCUCACUUGAAAUGUUGCUGAUUUUAUGCAAGUCUCGGAAAAUCUUAACAGCAUGAAGGCAAUAAAUACAUCACAACCAGUGUCCACUACAAUGAUGAACACAGGGGAUGAACCACUUCACACAGCUGUACCUUCUAAUGAUGAAGUAUGGGAAAAUUAGUUACUACUGUCAUUAUCAUUAUUAUGCACAGAUCUGUUCAAAUCUUCCAAAUCUACUUCCCUUCAUCUUUCAGCUGACAUAUUACCUUGUUUUGGUGUGCUUGCACCAUCCUUUUCUUUUCCUUUUCUUUGAAACAAAGAACUUUUGGGGCUUUAUUUAGGCAUUUUAUGAUCAUUAAAUAACCUCCAUUUGUCAAGAAAAUAUUCACAGAUGUUUGUUUGUGGACUUUAGCUGUUCUGAGGAAAACUGGUAGCUAUGAAGGACAUAUAAAGCAUAAAACAGUGAAAAACUUUCACAUUUGAGGUUAGCAAACCCUCAAACAUCCCUUGCGAAAUGGUUUUUGGAAUUCCUAGGAAUAAAGGUGUGAAUUUUCACGGUAAAUUCGGACUGGGAAUUCCUAGGAAUUCCCAACCAUAACAACUCUGGUUCUAAAAACCUAGAAAUUCCUAGAAAUUCCCAGAAAUUCCAAGUUUAUAGCCAACAGGACUUGGAAUUCCUAGGAAUUCCUAGGAAUUCCAACUCAGAGAACCAAUGACUUUCCCUGAAAAGCUGUAAAUCUAAAAAAAAUUCCUAGGAAUUUCUGGGAAUUUUUGGGAAUUUUUAGGAAUGUUUAGGAAUGUUUAGGAAUGUUUAGGAAUGUUUAGGAAUGUUUAGGAAUGUUUAGGAAUGUUUAGGAAUGUUUAAGAAUUACUGGGAAUUUUAAGCAAAAAUUUGAGGCUACUGCAGGGAUUAGGAAGGUUUAACAGGCAAAUGAGCCUAUGGCCCCUAUCAUUGGAAAGUUAUGGGCCAUUUAUAAAGCGUUUGGGCCAUUAGGGUAAAUAAAUGGGCCAGUAAAAAUUUUAACAAAGGUUUAUUGCUUGUGUAUUACAGUCUAUACCUAUAUCUGUUUCGUCCGUUUCACGGUCGUUUUCGCUCACAGUAUCACGAUUCUGCUCCGCUGUUGUGUUGAAAAAUGUAGACAACGUUCUCUGCGAGCUGUCCAAUCUCAAGAUUUUUUUCGGAGGCAUGAGGCUAAUCGAUGCAAAUACAUUCAAAGCGACGAAAACGCUCGAACUCUGCUCGAAAACGAAAGCACAUGGAACUCCGAGCAAUAGCCUCGUUUGCAUGCAAAGUCCGAGUUCAGGAUCUGGGAACAAGAAUGAAGCGAGCGUGAUCAAACGAGCGAAGGCAC